AUGAGUAAGAAAUAUGAGUUUUACUACAGGGACACAGACUUGGAAUUUUGUUACCAUCUUGUGGAGAAAGACACGGGGAGCAAUGUCAGUAUUAAAGGAGCAAUCUGUGAUUGGUACAUCGAGGUCUACAUCAAAAUGUCAGUGGCAGGGCAGAAAUUGGACCAGGAGAUAUCAUGGACUAGGACACAGGGACAGGCUGUCUCCUUCAGCUGCAAAGACAAUGAUCAGUGUGCAACGUAUGUCUUCUGGUACCAGAAGAAAGACGGAGAACCCUUUACCUUGAUUCUCGACAUCCGAAAGGGUAACUGCGCUGUUGAUGCAAGGUACAACCAUCCUCAAAAAGAUGAUUUCUCAGCCAUGAGAAAUAACAACUGUGAUCUGAAGAUCCAGUUAGUUAAAGUCUCCCAUUCUGCCACCUACUACUGUGCCUGCUAUCGGUCUGGUGUACUUGUAUUUGGAUCUGGUACAAAACUUUAUGUGACAGGUAAGAGAUUCAUUCCUCCAAUAGUGUACAAAAACCCAUACCCAGCGUCCAAACCUGAGCCAAAUAGGAAAACCACCCUGCUAUGUCUGGCUAGAGACAUGUUUCCAGACUUGGUCAAGAUUUCAUGGAAGAUGGUGGAUAAAAAUGGCCGAACAGUAGAGGUACCCAAAGCAGAGAGGGAAGAGCUGGAACAGAGGGAGGAAGGACGGACGACCAGUAUGAUCAUCAUUGAUAAAGACAAGACAUACAGGAACAAAUACAGCUGUUCUGUGGAGCAUGAAGGGGGCCCUCAAGAUGUUAACAUACCAGAAGAGGAACCAACUGAAGCUUCUCCAACCACCAUGGCUUCACCAACCACUCUGCAGGUUACCAACGAUUCAUUAAAGUCCAUAUGCAGUCUGAACUUGGCCUCUCUGGUUUACACAGUGAUGAUAGUGAAGAGCAUGGUGUACUGCUAUGGGCUCUCUUUCCUGCUGCACUACAGGAACAUGGGUUGUAGACCCAAAACCUGUAGACAAAUUCAUUGAAAGGAUAUCCCUAUAUAUUGUGUUUCCCUCCUUAAAAUGAAUAUCACAUAAUAUUUAGUUUUGAUGAUUGUGGGAGCCACCCACUACAGACACUUGAAUACAGUUCAGUUAAGGAGAGCAAAUCUUGAUGGUAGAAAUAUGAUUGAAAUAUUGACAGUUUUAUUAAAGUUGCCUUGUUGUAUGUCAUAGCGUCAAAUUACUUUUUUACAAAAUCUGUAUUUGAUUUUUACAAAAAUAUUUACCUAAUUAUCAUAUGUAUUUCUUUAAAUAUGUUGUUAUUAAAUAUAUGGCCCUUGAUUUCUAAACAUGUGUCAUUAUACAAAAUCAUUUUUAGUAACUUGUCAAGUGUGUAAUGAAGUGUAUUUUUUCUCAAGUAAUUAGAGUUAGUUUUCUGACAGUAUUUCAUAUCUUCAUUAAAUUUUCUCAUUCAUUUACCAUGAAUAAUAGAAAAUCUAGCUUUUUUUUGCUUUAAAAAACUAAAUGAUAAGUGCUUAUUGAGCCAGAAAAUUGAUCUAUGAGUGAAAUCAGUCAUUUGUGAUUUUUUACAAUGAUACAAUGCUGUUGUUGUUUAUUUUUUUACGUUGAUACAUAAAGCUUGUAUGAAAAGUGACAUUUCCUUGUGUAACACAGCCUUGUAGUGAGCAAAGUUUCUCAAAAUAACCAUAUCCUUUCAGAUGGGGAUGGUUUUAAUUAUUUCUGCCUUCAUGAAAGAAAAGUAAAAAAAACAUGGUUCUGCAAUGUAUUGUAUAGCCUACAUUUUGUACAGUUCCGUGCUAUUUUGAAUGAGGAAACUGUCACCAUAAUAAAAAAUUCAUGUUUCUUAAAACCC